UUCUACGAAUACAAAUCAACAGGUAAUUUAUUACAACGCAUCUCUACUUUAUUCCAUUUAAAAUCAUUUUGCCUGCCGUGCGAUGUUAAAAAAAACAUGAAAUAUUCAAGAACAUAUAUGUAAUAUAAUUGAAAUGCACAAAUACAUGCAAAAUAUUUUAAUUUAAUUUUAAACCCCGGUAAUUUCAAAAAUUGUAUAAAAUAUGUCGUUAGUCGUAACAUUUCUAAACAAUAGCUACUUUUACUAUAGUUUAUAAUUAAGCUUGUAGGUACUUAUUGUUUAUUUUAUCAAUAUGUUAUAGUUUGAUUGCAUAGAGUUAGGAUUGUCGGUAAAAAAGUUACGUAGGUAAAUAUCUCGUACUUACUUUUUUUAGAAAGCAAUAGGUUAUAAAAAUCGCCUUGAAUACUUGCAGUAUUAAAACUAUAAAGAAAAAACAACUUUUGCGUUGAGUUUAAUGUCGUGAAAUAGCGGUACAUUAUGUAUCAAGACACUAAUGAACGCGGGACAUGACAUACGACUAUUUAAAAAUAGAUGAGUAUAAAUAUUUGGGCUACGCUGAACGAUAAAUUGAACGCAUUCGAAUGAAAAUAUGUAUAUUUUAUUAAAUAAAAUCUAACAAACUUACAAAAAAUAACACAUAAUAAACAAUGGAAAGUUGGUUUUAGUUAUCUAGAUUAGUACCUAGUAGCCUUUAAAUUUUACUUUACCUUGUAAUUUCGCCAGUGUGUCGUAAUUAGGUAUGUAAUUAAUUGGAAUGAUAUAAAUUAAGAAAACCUCAAAAACUAUUUUGGAAAAAAUGUUAUUACGUUACCUAUUAAUAAAUAAUAAUUGCAUCUACGCUUUGAAACUACUUGUUACGACUUAGAACAUUCCUACUUUAAUACGCCCUAGAACAAAGAGAGCGGUAAUUAAUAACGAAAAAAGAUCAAUUUAAAUAAUGUUACAAAUAACAAAUAAACUAUGACUAUAUUAUUGCGAUAGCAGCCCCUUUCGCUGCAUCACCCCCUGAAGUAAAUUCUAGUGGCAAGCUGUAAUAGUGCUCAACAGCUCUCUGCAAUACAGCAUUUCUAGAUAAACCAGAACCAUUUCCAACAAUUCGUUUAACAUUGGCGUUUCGCAAUAUUUCUUUAGGCAUCAUGUGAUGUAAAUUUUGUAUAAGGCUAUCACAUAGAGAUUUAAACACGCUACCCAGUUGGAUGUUAGAAAGAUCGAUAUUUUCCACUGAAGCUUUUGCAGUCGGUGCAUGUCUUUCUCCUAACAAAUGUGGAAUUAUUUGCAUAUUCGAUGUUUUAGCUUCCAAACCCAAAGCAAUUAGUUUUUCCCAUACCUUAGACUGAGGAGUAGGAAAACCUAGCUCAAGCAUCCAUUGUUGAAGCAUUUUCACGAAAGUAGCUAAAACAUUGCCUCCAUUUAGAGAUGCAGCUACAACUAAGUGCGUGUUAUUAAAAUAAGGCAAGUGCUCGACUGUUUUACAGCCUAAAUCUGAUACGUUAUCUACCACGAAUGCUAACUGAGCAGACGUUGAUAUGUUUAGUACUGCAUCAUCUCUGGUUUCAAGAGUUGCAAUAAUAGAGCACUGUAAGUCACCCAUAGCAACACUUACAGGUGUUCCCUCGGGAAUGCCAUUCCAAGCGGCAUUCAAUUUUCCUGCAAUUUCCCCACUUCUACUGAUUUUAGGUAGAAGCCCCACUGGAAAUUCGACUGAUUUUAGAAUAUCAAUGUUCCAUUCGUUCUUUUCAGUGUUAAAAUAUCCCCAACUGGCAGCAUUUUGAUCAGACAUUACUGGUACGUCUAAAUCGCAAAGCAUAGUAACCACAAAAUCUUGAACUGUUCCAGAAUAUUGAAAGUUUUUCAGCUUUUCAGGCUUGUGUUUAAGCAUCCAUAAGAGAGUUGCACAUCCGUAUCCGGAGUAGCAAUUUAGACGGGAAUCAGGUUUAGGCAAUGAUUCCAAAAAUUCAGGUUUACACCUUGUAUCCUGCCAAGUAUACAGUGCUGACAUGUUUUCUCUGGUUGCUUCAAACCGCAUCACAACUCCAUCUUUUUCGACUUUUUCCCAGGCGCCUUUCUUCCAUAACAAGACUCCAUGCAUUUGUCCGCACACUCCAAUUUUUGUGACACUUCGCAGUACAUCUCUCGGAAGACGGGAGAUGCAGUAAUGAAUAGCUGAUACUAUUUUUGGCACAUCUUGUUUGUUACCUUCUAUACCCUGAUCGCUCGGUAUGUUUGCCGCUGUAUCCUUAUUUUGUUUAGCAACAAUUUCUUUUGUUUUUGGGUCGUAGACACAAACUUUUACUGAAGUCGUUCCAAUAUCCAUCCCCAAUAUAAAACUCUUGUCAGCCAUUUUGCACUUAAACGAAAUAAAAAGUUGGAAGUUAAAAAUCACACACUCGAUAAACAGUGAGACGACGCGACUCGUUCGGCAAUUUGUUUCUAUUGCUCAAACACGGCAGCCCGCAUGAAAAGUGGGUGGCGGGUGGUCUCGUCUGGUGGCAAUGCGCCCGCAUUGACCUCGUGUAGUCGCGUUGGUUAUUACGUAAAAGUAGGUUUGUAUUCCUUAUCUCUUUGAGUGCUCGAUGUGUUUAUCAAACACUUCAGCGAUUCACUAACUUACGGCUAAUAAAUAACUCCAGUUGAUAUUACUUUUACGAUAACAGGAAAAUGGGUAAAAGGAGCAAGUCGUCUAACGUCGCUGCUGAGGACGUAGUUGUAAGCAGUAAAAAAAUGAAGAAUAAAAGAAUUAAGUUCGAAUCAGCCGACGUAGGUGAACCUAUACCUGACGAAUCUAAUGCGGAUCUUGAUAUUAAACAAGUUAAACGAAUCAAGAAAAAUAAAACGCACAAUAAUAAAGGCGAUGAGGAAAAGAAAAAUAAAAAAAUAAUAUUUACAGAGGACGAUGACGAACCGGUUGAAGUUAAUGUACCUACAACGGCAAAUCAACAGAAACGUACUAAAGAAAUUGUUCCUCAAGAGAACGAAGAAGAUAUUAAAGACGAAGACAUUGAUAAGUUCUGUGAUGAGUUAAAUGAAGAGGAUAACGAACAGUUUGAAAGUUGGGUUAAAUUAAUAGAAGCUAAACUUCAUUCAAAUAAAAAGAAACCUAAAUGAUAACAUGAUUUUUUACUUUGAAAGAUAACCAUUGAAAUAAUUAUUAGUUAUAAUAAUAGAAGGCGCAUUUAGAAGUUACAACAAUUUUAAAGACGUUAAAUAUUACAACACUGGUCUUAAUGUGAAAAAGUCUUGAGUUACGUUGCCAUCUGGCUUGUAGCAAACAGAUGUCUAUUUUUCCAACGUGAAUAAAUUUGACAAAAUCUGAAAUACAAAGUUACGCCAAUCGGUAUGUAUCAUUCGAGUUCUCUUCCAAUACUAUGGCCUUCAUAAUAUAAACUGAAUGAAAUUAGGAAGCGACCUAUUAAAGUUCCCCUCGCUCUGAAGAAGUCUUACGAUUCAAG